GUUACUUUUUUACUUUACUCUUGCUUUUCGGCGGCGACACAGAGCUCGGCGGACAUAACCGGUGGAUCCGAUCUGUCCCAAGUAAGUGUUAGAAUGGGGAAGAAGCAGUGGAUCCGGAAAGCUCAGUCGAUGAAGAUCAACAUCAAGCAACUGAAUCCGGAAAACUCAAAUACCGAAUUGAUCACUGUAUUGAAGAUCACAAUUCAGUUAUCGAAGAUUUUGAUCUUGGUGCUGAACUCCUUAGUCUCGAAUUCUUGUGGUUAGUGAGUGGAUUAUGUGAGGUGGAUAUCGAAUCAUCCAAUGGCCGCCGACUUCGUCGUUUUCUUCUUAUCCUUUGUAACCCUAAACUACAAUUUCUCUCUAUUCCUCUGCUUUUACAUUUAUAUUAUUUCGUGAAGAUGAUGAAAGUGUGUGAGAACAUGAUCCUGAAGGCGUCGUCGAAGAAGAUCCAGUGGAAAGAGCUUGAACCUGGUGACCACAUAUAUACAUGGAGACGUGCCUACAGUUAUGCCCAUCACGGGAUAUUUGUGGGUGAAGGAAAGGUGAUUCACCUGACUCGAGGAGAAGGCCAUAUUCUAUUAAGCUCAUCUCGCUCCCAUCCUUCGGACAAUCCCUGUGGUCAGCAAUCAACACACGAUCAUGUAAUCGAGUCCAGUUUAGCUAGUUUUCUUUCUGGUGGGGAUCUCUAUCGCGUUAAAUAUGGUGUUGAUCUAGUUUCCUUUCUUGCCAAAACUCGAGGAGGUACAUGUACUCUUGCUCUCAGUGAUCCACCUGAUUUAGUCGUGCACCGUGCGAAUACCCUCCGUGAGAAAGGCUUUGGUGUCUACAACCUUUCAGAAAACAAUUGUGAAGAUUUUGCAAUAUACUGCAAAACUAGCCUCCUAGUUGAUGAUAGCAAUUGUGUCCGCAGAAGCAUUGGCAGGAGUGGGCAGGCAACAUCAUCGUUCGCUGCCAUUGUUGUAUUUAUUUCUACUCUAGUUCGAUGAUCAACUGUUAGUCUUUUUUGGCUGGCAUUCAUGGGAUGUCUCAUGUACAUUAUACUUAGAUUCGUUUUGGAUAUCAGAGUUCGUCGUAAUGUUCGUAAAGUUGAAGUAGAGGAAUUGGAUGCUGCACUUGAGAGAUUUGGCCGUUUUAGUUUCAGACUUACUUUAUUGAACGAUUUUUUGCCGUAUUUGGUACCAAUGAUA